AACCAAGCAGCACAACACGAAAAUCAAGCCCUUCUCUUACUCUCUUUAUCCCCACUUCAUUCAACUCACAUAUUCAUAUGUAGGAUUUGCUGCACCGAGCAUUCAAGGAUGUAUGCAUUCCAGCUGUAGCAAAUGUUAAAGUCUGGUGCUUCAUAACUUCAUGUAUAGCCAUACAAUCUCGGUGAUUUAUCUCAUCAAGCUCGUCAAUACAAACAACACCUCUAUCAGCAAAAACCAUGGCAUCAAUCUCCAGUAUUCUUUCUCCUGUUCUAACUAAAAAACAAUGCCAAUUUUCAGUAAAUAUAGCUUUGGAAAGAAUUUGUGUUUAUAGUGAGAGUGUGAAUAUGGAACUACAAAUUGCUCAUGUUAACCUCCGACCCAUGGCAACACCAAUUGCUCAAAAAUCCAAUAUCACGGCAACGUUCCCUUCUUCAAAUAGCCAAUGGAAGGCUAUCAAGCAAGCAGGAAGCUCAGCUAAUACUCCAAAAGGAGGUGAAACACCGACGAUUGAUGCGAAGAAAGUGCUCGAUUUUACUGAAUCUGGAUUGCCUGAAGAACCAGGAGAUGAAAUCAGAAUUGAGCAACAGGCUAAACCUACCUAUGCGGAAAUUCUUACAUCCACGGAGGUACAAACAAAUCUCAGUUUCUAUCAAUUUGAAGAAAUAAAUGGAAAAAGGAUUGCUAUGUUUACUGACGAGGAUGUGAUUGAGGAAAAAGGACUCUGGGAUAAUGCGGUUAUCUGCUACAUCCUAGGAGCAAAUCCAGCUCUGGAAAUCGUAAAAGGAUUUAUCGCCAGGAUCUGGAAGGGUUAUACAGUGGAUGAUGUGAGUUUCCAUAAAGAGGGCCAAUAUAUUGUAAUGUUUCAGAAACCUGAAGAUAGAGAUGAAAUUGUGAAAAGGAAAUACUACUAUUUUGACAAUAAAUCGAUGUUAGUACAGAGAUGGAGCCCUGGGAAACAGCUGAAUAUCCAGGAACUGAGUGAUGUCCCAAUCUGGGUCCAAUUUCCUAACCUUGAUAUGAGGUAUUGGAGUUUAUCAGGCCUGGGAAAACUGGGAAGUAUAUUGGGUAAACCUAUCAAAAGGGACAGAGCUACUGCAACCAGAGCAAAAUGGAGUUAUGCAAGGAUACAAAUUGAGGUGCAAGUUCAACAGGAGUUCCCUGACCUAAUUCACUAUGUUGAUAAGGAUGAUAGAGUGGUAACCCAGGAGGUGGUUUAUGAAUGGAGGCCCUCAAUCUGCUCUAAGUGUGGGAAACUAGGUCACCUAGGCUCACAGUGUAGGAAGAAAGAGGGGAAACAGGAAAGGAAUAUCACGAGGAAAGUAUGGCGCCCAAAGGAAAAGGAAGGAGAAAAGAAGGAAAUGAAUACCCCUGUGCAAGUACACCAUGAAAAGGGCACUGAAAUGCCUAUUGAAGAAAAGGAACCCGUGGAGGAUGAAGAAGGAUUUCAAGUUGUAACUGGGAAAAAGAGACAUAAUACCAAAACCAAAGUACUGAAUGAAGGUGUGUCAGACCAUUCACCUUUACUCAUUAAAGAAACCAACUGCCCGAAGAGAGGAGGAUGGUUCAGGUUCUGCAAUAUGUGGAUGGAAGACCCCAAAUUUAUACAAAUCUUGCAGAAUGAAUGGAAAGAGGAUCUGAAUCAAAGGAGCAUGUAUCAAAUUGUUCAGAAUUCAAAAAGAAUGAAGGUGUCAUUAAGGAAGCUUCACAAAGACAAAUAUAGAAGUAUCCACCAGAGGGUAGAUGAUAUUAGAGAUGAGUUGAUGGAAAUUCAAGGGAGGAUUAGGCUCCAUUCUGAUCAAACCUUAAUCAAUAAAGAAAGGGAUAUGAGAAAACAAAUGAAUGAGGUCAUUAAGGCAUCUCGGCAGCUGAAAUGUCAACAAGUCAAACUUGAAUGGAUCACAGCGGGUGACAAGGGGUCCAAAAUGUUCUUUGCCUGGGCCAAGAAGAGGCAACUUAAUAAUUAUAUCAUGAGUAUUAAUGAUGAUGGGAGGGAAGUGGAAGGAACAGAAGCAAUAGCAGGAGUUCUUGAAGGUUUCUACAUCAAAAUGCUCGGAACCACCAUCUCCACUAAAGAGAUUGAUAGGGGGAUAAUUGAAUCAGGAAGGACCCUAACUAUUGAGCAGCAGUUAACAUUAGUGAAGGAGUUCCAGGCAGAACAGGUGAUAUCAAAGAUGAUCUGCACCAGACUAAAGGAAGUGGUGCCUCAUAUUGUAAAUCUGAACCAGUCUGCCUUUGUAAAGGGAAGAGAAUUGCUCCACAAUGUAUUAUUGUGCCAAGAAUUGGCCAAAGGAUACAAGAGGAAAGGAGUGACACCCAGAUAUUGCAAAUCUGUUAGCUGUAUUAUGAAUGCUUUGGAGGAGUUUCAGCUAACCACUGGGCUAAGGAUAAAUAGGAGCAAAUCUGAAGUUGUGUUUGGGGGAAUAAGCCACGAAACUGAACACAAGCUACUGGAAAUAACUAAUAUGAAGGAAGCCAUUAUGAAACUUAACUGGGACAUAGCUGACAAGAAAGGCAUCUUAUGGGUUAGGUGGAUACAUGCGAGAUACAUUAAAGGGGAUGACUUCUGGAGCUACAAGCCUAAACAAGACUCAUGCCAUUAUUGGAAGGAAAUGACGAGGGUUAAGGAGAAGUUUACUAGUAUGCCUGCAAACCUACCUUAUACCAUAAAUAGAGGGACUUCAAUAUGCAAAGCUAUGAGGGAUCUGUUGAAGGUUUUGGGAGGGCAGUGCAUAAGAUACAAGGAGGGAAACAAAGGAAAAAGUGGAUUGCGGUAUGGGCUACUUGUGUUUAUCAAAUCUGGAGGUGGAGGAAUGCCAAAAUGCACCAGCAAAGAGGAGAUACUGGGAUGCCUACUCAACAAGCUAUAGCUUAUAUAAGAAACUACUUAGAAUAUA